CCCGGGCCGCGCCGUGCAGCUGCAAGUGGGUCAGAGAUGGGUGUUUUGUGAACCGGCGCUGUAGAAAUAAUGAUCUCAUUUCUGCCGUCUAUAAAUAAAUGAAGGUGAAAGGGCACAUUUCCUACUUCCAGCCCUUCGGAGACUGGAUUAAGACUGGCUGACGGACAGAGAUUGUCCAAAUACGAAUAGAUCUUAAAUUAUUACUUCGCUGCGACUGGUAUCUAAAAGGUCACGCUGUGAAACAUACCUCUGAGGAAUCGUAAUGUUAGUUAUGUCAUUGAUGACAGUCAAUAGUGUUUUUCUGGCUGUUGGGGAUGCAGGGGGAGGCGAUUGUGAGGGAGAUGUUUAUUUGCACGGUGCCGGUUUUCCUUACACCAUUAGCACUAUGAGCUGGGGCUCCUGGGGGCUCUGUUUGUGCUGCUGAAGCCCACUGGAGCCCCCUGGUUUUGCUGUGCGAUCUUAAAAUCGCUUUCAUGCAACAAUUAGAGUAUGCUUGGAAGUGUUUCUUUGCAUUUGGAUGUUUGGAGAUGUACAAUCUGUUGGGCUGCUGGGGAGAAACAGGGAGCCCUGGGUGCAGGGAGCGGUGUGCAGGAGGCAGCCCUGCCUGCCCAGCACAGACCCAUAACCUUUCUACUUGAGUUUUGACACACCUGAUGAGCAGAACAGCAUGCGCUGGGGAUCUCUUGGCCUGAAAAUGCUCCCUGGCCCUGCGCACAGCUGCAGGCAGCACCUCUUCCCAGUUGGUGCAUCACAAGGGCUCUGUGGCCAUCGACCCCCCUGCACCUCCUGCAGCCCUGCCAGUGCUCAUCCCGUUGCAGGGGCUCGCCCCGUGCCUGCUGCAGCAUCCUCAGAAGCUGCUCUAUGAGAGGCAUUGCUCAGUGCAAAGCCUCACCGUCUCCCUGGGAAACGAUGUGAGCUGCUUUCACAUCCGUGGGCUCGGAUUUUGUUUUUGAGCUAAAUGCAGGUUUCUGAUCCCACACACUGUGUGUGCUGCUGCUCCUGCUGCAUCUUGCAUGAGAUUUGGAAAAAAAAUUCACCAUGUAUACUUGGGCUGCAUUGCUUGGUCUUCUCCAGCCUCCCUGGGGUGCCCCAAUGAGCUUAGAAGAGAACAAAUAUUAAUGAGGAUUCCAACCUGGCUAUCAGCCACUUGUCCCUUUGGCUGGUGGCCCUGGGGACUGUCAUUGACAUAUUGUCCUUGCAGCACCCUGCAGCCCCCUCCCGUCUCCUGGCCUCUCUGGCACAUGUCAGUGCCUGCUUGGGGUGCCUGGACCCCAGCUCUGGGCUGUCUCCCAGCCCUGUCCCAGCAGCCAUGGGACGCAGAGGCCAAACCGGUGUUCCUGGUUCAGCAUCCCAUGCUCUGCCAGCUACACAGCCUUAUUGCUGUCAUCAUCACAAGGCAUUUAUCGGACUUGCCUAAUGGGUGCUUGUGAGUUAAUUGAUGAGGGCAGGAGCCUUGCUUUGCACGGUUUGCAACAACUCUUGCAGCCUCGUGCUGAGUAAUAGGUGCCAGUCACAAUGCUCCUGGCUGUUCCCGUUUACUUUCACUGUUCAGCCUGAGCUGUUCCUCCAGCAGGCAGCCAAGGGCUCCCAGGCUGCCUACCCUCCAUGAUAUUGGGGUGCCUGGGACCACGCUUGCUUUUCCCAUUAUCUGCAUCUGUAGUGCACACUUUGAUCCCACUUGGAACGAGAGCCCUGCAGGCACCACGUUGCACAAAGUUCUGCGUUUACACAAGCAGGGGAAAGGUUAGUCAGAAGACACCAAUGAUGAGUUUGGAAGGGAAGCUGGUGCCUUCAAUAUCCCCAACUGGCUGUUUCCCUUGCUGCAGAUCAGCAAGGAGAAGAAAAGCAGCAGAGUAAUCCUAACCUUGUUUUUCUCUUUCAACAGUGAGCCACAGCACCCACAGCAAGCAGAACCUGUGCCAAUAGGAGGAGGAGAGGAUCGCUAGAGAGUAGGGCCAGGCCGGAGGAGCAGCAUGGACCUCGAUGUGCUCAACAUGUUCGUCAUCGCUGGCGGCACCCUGGCCAUCCCCAUCCUGGCCUUUGUGGCCUCCUUCCUGCUGUGGCCCUCUGCGCUCAUCCGCAUCUACUACUGGUACUGGCGUCGAGCCCUGGGCAUGCAGGUCAAAUACGUAAACUAUGACGACAGCUAUCAGUUUUGUUAUUCCUAUAGAGGAAGACCUGGGUACCGGCCAUCUAUCCUGAUGCUGCAUGGCUUCUCAGGCCACAAAGACAUGUGGCUGUCCAUAGUCAAGUUCCUCCCCAAGAACCUGCACUUGGUGUGCGUUGACUUGCCUGGGCAUGAGGGCACAACCCGCUCAGCCUUGGAUGAUUACUCCAUUAUGGGACAAGCAAAGAGGAUCCACCAGUUUGUGGAGUGCAUCAAGCUGAACAAGAGGCCCUUCCACCUCGUCGGCACCUCCAUGGGUGGGAACGUUGCCGGGGUUUAUGCCGCGCAGUACCCAGAGGAUGUGUGCAGCCUGUCUCUGAUUUGUCCUGCAGGGUUGCCGAGCUUCACCGAUAGCAAGUUUGUCAAGAUGCUCCGGGAGCUGAAGGAGUCCGAGCGCACCGACAGGAUCCCACUGAUUCCCUCCACACCCGAGGAGAUGGCCGACAUGCUGAAACUCUGUUCCUAUGUUCGAUUCAAGGUGCCACAGCAGAUCCUUCAGGGCCUGGUGGACGUCCGCAUCCCACACAACGAUUUCUACCGAAAAUUGUUUUUAGAAAUUGUGGAUGAGAAGUCCCGGCACUCUCUCCAUGAGAACAUGAACAAGAUCAAAGCACCGACGCAGGUCAUCUGGGGAAAGCAGGACCAGGUCCUGGAUGUUUCUGGUGCUGACAUCUUAGCAAGUGCCAUCCCGGACUGCCACGUGUCCAUCCUGGAGAACUGUGGCCACUCGGUGGUGGUGGAGCGGCCACGCAAGACAGCAAAUCUCAUCCUGGAGUUCCUGGCAAUGCUGCACAGCACAGGCAACAGCAAGAAGCAGGCGUGAUGGGGCUGGAGCCGUGCCGAGGCCGCGUCUCAGAGCUGUAACACAUCGAAGCAUUGAUGAGUUCUCAGGGAUUUGUACAAACCAUGGUGAACGUGCCAAAGUCCCUGAGGCAGGCAGAGUCACUGACACACCGACCUAGAGCACUGCUGACACAGCGACCUAGGACCUCUGAGCAGCCCACAUAGAUGCAGGAACAGGACCUGAACCUUUUCUACUCCUAAGUUACAGUAGAAAUGAGCAGAAACCACAACCCGCUAGCCACGCAGUGUGUUGAAGCUCCCAAUGCAGCCCACGUUGCCCACAUUACUGGCACACAGUUGUGAAUGACAUCCCCUGGACUCUGACAAACGCAGGGGACAGGAGGUGUCCCGGAGCAGGACUCGCCGUGUUCCCAGCCCUGCCCGCCGCGUUGCAUGCUGCCGUGCUGUGCGAACCCCGCGCUCUGGGCACGGCGCUCCUUUCCUUGCUCAGAUGAUGAGAGAGAUCACGUGGAAGUCACACGGCUGUGUGUGUGAAUGCCUUCACACUUCGGCUGUGCAGAUUUCAGAUCCCUGAGCAGCUCCUGUGCAUGUGUGAUGCCUUAACAGCCUGUGAGCAGCCCAUGGGGCAGGGCGAGCGUGGGGCGAGCGCAUCUCGGCUCUUCGAUGUCCCCUCGUGCUGCAGAAUGCUCCGAUGUACAUAACACAUUUCUUAAUGAAUUCCGUGAAUUCUGCGAAUGGUGACGGUGCUGAAAAUGUGUGGAAGAGGGGAACCGGCCGGUGCGUGACGGCCAUCGUGCCCAGGUACCUGUACAUAUAUUUGGAACUCCCCAGUGGUUUCUCUGCUCUUUUUGAGAGAAGAAACAUUUGUUCUUUUGGAAAAUGAGCAAUUUCCUGUUAAUCGCUUGUUAUGGUUUCUACUAAAGGAGUUGAUUUAAAAAAACAUAAUUAAAAAAAAAAAUCACUGAUAGUUUUAUGUGGUAAAAGCCAGAAAAGAAAUGUUUGGGUAUCUGUAUGGUUUCUCAUAUGCCACAGAUUGCUGUCUGCAGAGGAUUUCUAUGGCAAUUAAAAUCUAGGAAUUUAAAGAGCA